ACCGAACCGUUGCGACCGCUAGGAAGGGACCCAUUUCUGGACUUUACCUUCCAAGCUCUCCCAACACUCAGAGGUCCUUUGCGUUAAUAAUGGAGAAGCGUCUCGCGUUCACGGCUAGACACGAAUUUACGUCGAGGGUCGUCGUCCCUCUUGCUGGUAAACGCAGCGUUCCUGAUGGCUUCGAGACGGAAGUCGAGUCCAAACGACCAGCCAUCGACUCCCCGCAGCAACGUCCUGCAUCACCCGUUCCAAACAAAAGGAAGCAGCGUAAACCUCCAAACUAUCUUCGACACGGUGAUCGAUGCUGUAUCAUCAAGCGGGUAGCUGAUGGGGAACCACAGGCCGCUCUGGCUCGAGAAUUCGGCGUCACCCGUGCCGCAGUGUGUCAAAUGUACAAGAACCGAGCCGAGAUCCUCUCACGCGAGAACGAAACCGAGCAGCUAUCACCAUCUCCAGUUGCACCGCCAGCGGCUUUAGUUGGAGAGUCUCGCACCUCGGUUAACCGACCGACGGAGCAGAUUUUUCCUAAUGGAAAGUCCGAGAGAGUUAAUGUACCUGAGCCCCCUACUCUCCAGUCACGGUCGAAGAGAGUGACACUACUUUUGAACACAUUGCAAGACGAAAGAACCAAUCCGGUCGACUCCCGACGUGCUGCUGCUCGCCUCACCUUCAUUCUACUUGAAGAAACCCUAGCGUCAUAUGAUCAGCACGUUAGCGACGCCAGUUGUGGUUAUAGCAAUGCCAAGUUUUGUGCGGUCACGUUAGGUGACGAAAGCACGUCAUUCCUAACAGCGUUUUGCCAGAUUGAUCCUCACGGCUCGACAGGUACGAGCUGCAGGCUAACAGCUUCAUUGAUGCUGCAAUGGACGGGCUAGCUAACACCGAAACGCAGGUCAAAUCCACGUCAAAGCAGAACAUACCGCUGGCUACACGAACUGGCAGUUGGAAUAUCUGGAUGUUCCAGAUAAUAUCACUGACUUCGAAGUGUUGCUCUUCUCGACCUCUGCAAGCGGUGGGGCGGAAUGCAAAGCAAUCGAGGCUCUGCGAAGAAUUGGCGUACUGGAGUGUAGUAUCUGUCUGGUUAUGGUUGUCUGCUCCUCACACGGUUUCGAGAAGAUCUCCGCUCGGUUUCCGGGUACGUCACAAGAGAAACUGUGUAGGUUGUACAAUCUCAACCCACUCGUACGGCCGUGUAUGUUCAACAGGGAUCAAGAUAAUUUCCGCCGCGAUUGGAGAUGAGUGGACUUUACAACGAGGUCUCUACCCUCAACAUUUUGUUUCGAAUUUCCGCUCACGUGUCCCGACUGAAUCCAAUGUCAGCUAAUAGGUGGCUCCUGAUGUACCUUGCAUAUAUACAUUCAGUGUAGGCAAAUGCCCAGCAGAAAGAAUCACGCGUGCUAUGGUAAAGGGAAUGAAACUCAAAGGAAGUCACGCCUAUACCCAUGUAUUAUGACCACACUUCUGCGUCGUCGAAGCGUCUCGCCGGAUAUGAAUUCAUUGGCUGCAUCGUUAAAAGCGUUUAACUAUUGAUUACCGCUGCCUAAUUUAGACCAUCGACCUCAAAGUUUCAAGGUCUACCGGGAUUAUCAAACAUGGACGGUCGAAAAUGAGUCGAGAGUUGUAUGAUUAAGGUCUCUAUUCAAAAUGAAAAGUCGCGUUUCGAGUGAUGAAGCUUUGGAAUUUGAAAACUAUACCAAAGUGACGACGAUAGUUUUGGUAUAGAUUUUAAAAGGCCGACGA